AUGAAACAAUCAUUGCUGUUGUUCCUCGUAGUGGGAAUGUUGUUCACUGGAACCAUCAACACUUUACUUAAUAAAUUACAGGACUUGACUUGUGUUGCUCAUUGUGAUGAUCCUGACAAGUCUCGCAGGCAUUACUUUGAACAGCCGUUAUGGCAGACUCUUAAUAUGUUCAUUGGUGAAGCUGCCUGUUUGCUAGUGUAUUACGGUGCGGUUGUCAAUCAUGUCCAAACUUCAGUCUUUGAUGAAACCUCUCCGUUGGUCUCUCCUCAAACCUCAUCUAAUGAAGAACUAAGUUAUACUGCUGCUAAUAUCACUCCUGAAUCCACUCGCGAACCACUCAAGGGUUGGCUUAAUAUUCUGUUCUUGUUCCCAACACUAUGCGAUCUAACCUCGACUACGUUUAUGAAUGUUGGCCUGAUCUUUAUCUCUGCAAGUAUCUAUCAGAUGCUUCGUGGAUCCGUUGUUCUGUUCACUGGGACACUAAGUGUUCUGUUUCUAGGUCGACGUCAUCCAUUGUACCGUUGGUUCUCUCUAGUCACUGUUUUUGCUGGAGUCGCCAUCGUCGGUCUUAGUGGGGUGAUGACCCCUGGAACUACUCCGCCUGUCUAUUCCAACAGUAGUACUCUUGCUGAAUCUUUUCUACUGGCUGAUGUCACAGCCUUGGAAAGUGUCGAACAGCCUAGCGGCUACGCUCUUGGUAUUUUUCUCGUUGUUAUUGCACAGACAUUCACUGCUUUGCAGUUUGUAUUGGAAGAAAAGAUCAUGGCCAAAUACGAAGUGCCUGCCAUUAAAGCAGUGGGAUUGGAGGGAUUCUUUGGUCUGGCUUGCACUGCCAUUGGAAUGCCUAUUCUUCAUUACACAUUGGGUGUCCAUGGUGAACCUGGAAACUACUUUGACAUGUAUGUGGGCUACCAUAUGGUUGUUGAUAACCCACAGGUAUUAUGGGCUGGUAUCGGCAUUGUAUUCUCAAUCGCAUUCUUCAAUUGGUUUGGUCUGUCCGUCACCCGAAAUAUUUCGGCUACUUCGCGAUCUACCAUCGAUACAUGCAGAACUCUAUUUAUUUGGAUGGCAAGCUUGGCUUUGCAGUGGGAAACCUUCAAAUGGCUUCAAGUCGUUGGCUUUGCUGUCUUGAUCUAUGGAACAUUUGUGUUCAACGAUGUGAUCCAGCCUCCGUCCUGUAUUCCUGCUGCCACGCCAGAACAUCCCGAGGAGCACGUUCACGCAGAAUAG